GCCUUCGAGGAAGUUAUCCUUUUAUUUUGAAAGAUCCGGGGCGGAAGUGUUGAGGCUGUAGAGAACGAGGGAAGCGACAAUCACUUUCUCGGAGCUAGUUUCUCUCAGAAUAUCAGAAUAUUAAAAUUAGAUUUAGGUAAACCAGAUUGGUGACGGUGUCCUACAAUGAUCAUCCCGGUCCGGUGCUUCACGUGUGGGAAGAUCGUGGGUAAUAAGUGGGAGGCGUACCUCGGUCUCCUUCAGGCAGAGUAUACUGAGGGUGAUGCCCUUGAUGCCCUGGGCCUGAAGAGAUACUGUUGUCGGCGGAUGCUCCUUUCUCAUGUGGAUCUUAUUGAGAAAUUGUUGAAUUAUGCACCACUGGAGAAGUGAUUGUAACUGGCAACCUUCAAGAACCUCAUGGACGUUGUGGGACUGUGGCAUGGACACAUUGAAUGUCCAUGCCACAGCCCUGUUAUUAUAUUGAUGUGAUGACAAAUACAGACUACAGUGAAGACUUUUGGAACAUUAAUUUGUGAUUUGAUAAUGCAUUUUUUCUAAAUAAAUCUGUUAAAUGUCAUUGUUA